UAUACGUGCAUAAAUAUUAAACAUAUUAUUGACUCAAGAGCUUUAUUUUGGUCUGGAUUUUUGAACUGGUAUCAGAAUUGAUUUUGACCACGACUAUCUAAAAAGCAAAGAACGAUUUUGUGCAACGAAAAAAAGUUGGUAGCCUAAAAUGUGGAAGGAAGCAUUUGACGGCGAACCCGUAACAGGGAUGUCUGCUACGUAUUACGCGGAGGACGGCGACUCUUAUGGGUCGCGUCGUGUCAGCGCUGCCUCCGACGAUUCGUUCGAUGCUUCGAGUUAUGUUCACGUCGACAGUAAACUCAGCUUGAAAAUGCCAAAGUGUAUUUUAAAUGACGAAAACGUAGAACCAAACGUGAAUAAUCAUUUCACAAAUUGUACGGACAAUAAUGCAAAUCAUGACGUCACAAAAAGCGGGAAAAAGAUAAUCAGAAAAAGAUUGAGUGUAUCUCAAUUUAACGCUUCAAGACUGAAAAACUUGAACAAUAAUAAUUCAAAAAACAAUAAUGACUUAUCAUCCUCUUCAUCGUCGGAUAGUGACACUCUUCCCAAACCAGAGAAAAAGAACAAGGAUGUACUUUCAGCGAAAAUACAACAUCUCCUAUUUGGAAUGAAACAAUUGCGCCAACUCGACAGAGACAUCUUGCGGAAGUUUUUAGUGAUCAACGAUAGAAUAGAAGAACAACGGUGGAUGGUGGAAGAAAAACAAGAAGCGAUCAAACGAAGUUUGAGUGAAGAAGGUCAAGAUCCCGUAACUGUCAACUUUGACCUCGUACCGGAAAUUGUUCCGGAAGAACAAGAAGAUGACGAAGAAAGUAUACAGUCUGUACUUUCGCGCCAAAAUUCGAGCUGUGAGGUUUUUGAUAACGAUGACACAUUACCGGCUGAUGAUACACCUGUAAAUCAGGAACCUCCUAUAGUGGCCUCAAAAAAGUGUUUAGACUCUGACUUAGUGUCUACAUCGAGCGAUUCAGCUCUUUCAAUGAGCGGUGCCUCCUCUACACUGUCAUCGACGACGUCUCUUCCAGUAUCAAACCGAUCCUCGAGUCCACCUUCGUCCAGUAUAUCUAACGCAUCCACGGGGUCUUCUUCAUUAGAUAAAGCUUCACAAAAAAGUGAGCGAACGACGACACUCAGACAGACAGACUGUAAUCACCCAGCGACACUCAGACAGACAGACUAUUCAAUAGAAGAAGACUUUGCCGGAGAUAUAGAAGGAUACUAUCGUAUGCACGGAUCAUCUAUGAAACGUGGAUCAUACCCGUUUCCCCGCCAAACGCAGUCUUUCAAUGCGGGAGUGUACCAGAACAGCACAAAACAUUAUGACGAUGGUAUGAUUCAUAAUAGCUCUGGUUAUUCUACACGAAGAGGAUCAAACGGUUCCGAUUCCCGCGAUGCUGCAGAAUACGCACUUGCUGUAAGGAAAAGCAUUAUAAAUAGAAGUUAUUCUGGCCCGUUCCGCUCUAGCAGUGAUGCGUAUCAAAAGCCAAGGCCAAGAUCCGCCUCCUCUAAUCUAGAACCUCAAGAUAUUCGCAACCGCGCUAAAAGGAUUUCUGUUCGUCCUGAUGGCACUCAUGAUGCACUUCCUAGCGUUCCUAAUCGUCGUCCGUAUUCUGCAAACGAUAAAAAGUCAGCUGCAUACAGGCUCCUGCAACAUCCUUCACAUAAACGACAUAUAGCACGAAUGAACGUCGGAAACCAGUUACAAAAUUUAGCUUUUGUACCUAUUGCUGAACAAGAACCAGACAUAAUGUACGAAAAUGGACGAUUAUACUCCAACGAUUCGGACGCAGGCACGAAAUUUGAAACUGAACGUCGAGACUAUCAAAAUCUUAUCGAUGUCUCAAGACAACGACAACCGUUACGAAGCACAAGACAAUGCCCUCCAGUGGUGCGAAAGCCUUCUGCUGCUGGUUCAGCAGGAUCGCUGACGUCAUCAUCUUCACGUACGUCAUCGUCAUCACUGACGUCAUCAAGUUCGAGUUCGUCGUUACAUUCCCCAACGAAAUUUGUCAUGAACGAAGCUGAUAGUUACUCAAGACCAGUACAAGAACCUGUUUGGGUCCAGAGAAGGCGGCACACUGUACAGUCUAACGAAUAUAUUGCCAUACCGCACAGUAAAGCGUUCCCAGCGUCAUAUGCACCAAAGUAUUCGAACCAGGGAGCCCACAAUUUGCCUGAACCGACCCAGACCAGACCAGUACCUAAAAUUCGGUCAAAAUCGUACCACACGAAGACCGAAACCGACCGUGUUUUGACUGUAUCUUACAAACCCACAAACAAGGGUUCCAAUCAAGCGGUUUACAACUGGAUACAAACGCAAGAUGACGUCACGUACUUGUGAUGUCACUAAAGUGUACGAAGCCAAUGACGUACUAUGCUUUUGGUUAGCAACCGACCAAAGAAAAACCAAGAAAGUGGGGUUGUUUUGUUUGACACAUUGUGGCGCGCAGGCGUGUUUGCAAGAUGGUCGUUAUUGUAUUCGGACAAGCACGGACUAUGUAUGGAUCAUCCGUGUUUGUUAUGUAUGUUUUUGCUAGCCGUUCUCAUUUUUUUCUGCAAUAUUUAUUUUUAAUUUUUGUGAUUUUUACUUAUUAUAUUGCCACUCGACCUUUUUUGUAACGAUGUUCCAUAAAUGUUAGCAUACUUGUAACCUAAAAAAAAUGCCAAAGUCCAAGGCGUCCUGUAAACGACCUUACUGAUUAAAAUUGUUCUCUCAUUCACAAAAACGGUCAUUUUCAAGGACAAUUUCCAACUUGUUUAUGACGUAACAAUAAUUAUAAUUUUUCCGCCUUUCAAAUUUUUGAAAAGAAAAAACUGACCGAUGAAUUUUUUGAUAACCUGUGUAUAGGUGUUUACUACGAUUCGCAUGUCGGCUCUAUAUAUGGCCGAAUUUGCUGUUUUUAUUAUGUUUGUUGUUAAAUUAUGUUUCUACUUCGAUUAAUUUUCCCUUUUUGGAAUCAAAAAUGAAAUACAAGCAGAUGAAAUGAUUACAAUA